AAUAAAAAUAAAAUAAUAGAGAGAAGUCAACCGGUGCAAAUCCGAAGCUUAAGAUAACAAACCAAUGUCAAUGAUCGGAGAGACAAAGCACUCUGUACUCUUCUUUUCCUUCCUUUAACUAAUUUGCUUUUGCUCGAUCAAUUGUGUCCUUGCCCCUUGUGAAAAGGACAAAACCAUGGCUGCAGCCUUGGUAGGAGGAUCCUUUCUCUCUGCUUUCCUUCAAGUUUUGUUCGAUAGGAUGGCUUCUCCUGAAAUAGUUGACUUCUUCAGGGGUCGAAAGCUUGAUGAUGGGUUGCUCAAUAAAUUGAAUAUAACAUUAAAUUCUGUUGAGGGAGUGCUUGAUGAUGCAGAGGAGAAGCAGAUCACCAAGCCAGCUGUGAAAAACUGGCUCAACAAUCUCAGAGAUGCUGCCUAUGAAGCCGAUGACUUGUUGGAUGAGAUUGCUUAUGGAGCUUUACAAUCGAAGCAUGAAGUUGUAUCUCGAAGGAAAAAGGUGCGCAAUUUUUUCUCUUCUCGUAAUCCGUUCAAAAAGGGGUUGGUGGAAGCGAAAUUAGAAGAAAUUCUGGAGAGGCUUGAAUACUUAGUAAAACAAAAGGAUGCCCUUGGUCUAAGAGAGGGUAUUGGAGAAAAACCAUCAACAUGUAAGAUACAGACAACUUCUUUGGUAGAUGAGUCGGGUAUUUAUGGUAGGGAUGAUGAUAAGGAAGCCAUAAUGAAGUUGCUGCUAUCAGAUGAUGGAAAUGGGAACGGCGUAGGUGUGAUUCCCAUAGUGGGUAUGGGUGGGGUUGGUAAAACCACCCUUGCUCAGCUUGUCUACAAUGAUGGGAGAGUAGCAGAAUACUUUCUACUUAAAGCGUGGGUCUGUGUUUCAGAAGAAUUUGAUGUCUCCAAGAUAACAAAAGAUAUUCUUGAGGGGGUCACACGAAAGAAAAGUGAUACCCAUAUUCUAAAUCAGCUUCAACUUGAGCUAGAGGAGGUGUUGAUGGAGAAAAAGUUCUUACUCAUUUUAGAUGAUGUGUGGAAUGAUCAGUAUGCUGAUUGGGACAUCUUACGAAUGCCAUUGAAAUCUGGAGCAAAAGGAAGCAAAAUUAUUGUUACAACACGCAAUGAAAGUGUAGCACUAGUUAUGCGCACCGUUCCAACUCAUAAUUUAAAGGAAUUAAAUGCAGAUCACUGCUGGUCAUUGUUUGCAAAACAUGCAUUUGAUGAUGGAAACCCUAAUGCACAUUGCGACUUGGAAGUUAUUGGUAGGGAAAUAGUGAGAAAGUGCAAAGGCUUACCAUUAGCUGCAAAGACAAUGGGAGGCCUCCUACGAUCCAAAACUGACGUUGAAGAAUGGAAGAAGGUAUUAAACAACAAAUUAUGGAAUUUGACAAGUGACAGCAUUCUUCCAGCUUUAAGAUUAAGUUAUCAUUAUCUUCCAUCGCACAUAAAGCAAUGUUUUGCUUACUGUGCUAUGUUUCCUAAGGAUUAUAACUUUAAAAAACAGGAAUUAGUCUUUUUGUGGAUGGCAGAGGGUCUUCUAGUCCAAUCUCAAGGAAACAAGGAGUUGGAGGAAGUAGGUGAAGAAUACUUCAAUAUCCUGGUAUCAAGGACACUUUUUCAGCCAUCAAGUGGUAAUCAAUCAGGCUUGGUUAUGCAUGACCUUAUACACGACUUAGCAAUACUUGUAUCUGGAGAAUUUUCCUUCAGAUUGGAGGCUGAUAAUUCAUGCAAGGUUGAUAGGAUGGUUCGUCAUUUGUCAUAUACAAGAACAAAACAUGAUGCUACUGAUAAAUUUGAGGCAAUCUAUGAAGCCAAGUUCUUGCGCACCUUAUUCCCUGUGGAAUUGUCUCGGUUGCCCCCUCGUAAAUGCAUGGAUAAUGAGGUAAUGCAAACUUUAUUGUUAACAUUUGGACACUUGCGAGUGUUAUCUUUAUCCCACUAUAAUAACAUAGUUGGAUUGCCUAACUGUAUCGGCAACUUGAAACAUUUGCGUUAUCUAGAUCUCUCCUCAACAUCCAUAGAAACGCUGCCAGAAGUUGUGAGUAGUUUGUACAAUUUGCAAACUUUAAUCUUGCAUGAAUGCAAAUACCUUGCUGUUUUACCUGAUUCGAUUGGCAAUUUGAGCAAUGUUCGAUACCUGAAUCUCUUUCGAACAUCAAUCAGAAGGUUACCAGAAUCUAUAGAUGGUUUAUGUAAUUUGCGGACUUUAAUACUGCAAGGGUGCAGAAACCUCGCUCAAUUGCCAACCAACAUGGGAAGGUUAAUCCAUUUGAAUCAUCUUGACAUUGGAGAAACAAAAUUGCAAGAGAUGCCACUAGAAAUGGGAAGGUUAACAAAGCUUCAAAAGUUAACUGAUUUCAUAUUGGGGAAGCAAAGUGGAUCCAGCAUUAAAGAGUUGGGGGGGCUUCAGGAUCUACGGGGACAAAUUUGCAUUAGGAAUCUACAAAAUGUUGUUGAUACUCGAGAUGCUGUAGAAGCGGAUUUGAAGGCUAAGAAGCACCUUAAGAUGUUGACAUUCAGAUGGAAUGGUGAAACAGAGAAUCCAGAGCAUGAUAAAGAAUUGCUUGAGCAAUUACACCCUCACACCAACUUGGAAUGUCUUUAUACUGUCGGUUAUGGGGGUACAGAAUUUCCAAGUUGGGUGGGCAACUCCUCUUUCUCAAAUAUUGUAUGCUUGGAGCUCAAUGGAUGCAAAAACUGCACCUCUGUACCUCCACUCGGGCAGUUAGCUUCUAUAAAACAACUGUCAAUCAUAGACUUUCCUGGAGUGACAUUCAUCGGUCAAGAGUUUUAUGGAAGUUGCUCGUCCAUGAAGAAGCCAUUUGGAUCCCUGGAAAUUUUGGUGUUUGAAAGGAUGCUACAAUGGCAUGAAUGGGUUUCUUUUAAAGGUGGAGCUUUCCCUCUCCUGCAAGAGCUUUAUAUACGAGAGUGUCCCAAUCUAACAAAGGCAGUACUGUCUGAUCAUCUUCCAUCUCUAACAACAGUUAAGAUUGUAGGAUGUCAGAAACUACUUGUUGCAUCACUUCCAAGUGCUCCAAGAAUCAUUGAAAUGAGGUUAUACGAUGAUUCUCGAGAUUGGUUAAUAGAAAAUUUGCAUUCUGGCCUGUAUCGACUCACUAUUGGCACAUUCCAAUCCUUAGAUUCGCUAUAUUCAUUAUUAGAGGUUAUCUCAAAUGAAAUCGAAAUCAGAGUAGGAUGGAUGAUGGAUGCUGGUUCUCUACAGCUAAAAAGGUUACCUUCUGGGCUACACCGACUCAGUGUUCAUGGAUUCCAAUCCUUGGAUGCGCUAAAUUUACUAAUGGAACAAAUGGAUACUUUGUCUGUUACUGUAGAUGAAAUUGAAAUAGAAGAGUGUGAUGCACUCAGAUUUUUCCGAUCAAACAGUUCCUAUCAGUGGACAUCCAAAGUUCGAUUUCCUUAUUGCACUUGAGAGGCUUAUUGUAAGGAUUGAACUUUGUCCAUGCCAGAGAGGGCUGCUCUGUCCCUGACUUGGGGAAGGGCCCAAGAUUUCUUGACACCAAGUUAUUUAGCAAGGUUUCUAUCAUAUCUUGUGUGGCCAAAGAAAAAAAAAUGAAGGAAAAGAAAACAUAUUACCAGUAUCAUUUCAGAGCAGCCGUGGAAGCAGCUGCGGCAAAGGUCUACAAGUUAAGGGUUUCUAUGCUGAGAAUUGAAGACUAAGAUGCUGCUAAGAUGCUAAUAAAUUGAACCGUAUGAAGCCCUUCAUUUCAUUUCAGCCUUUCUAUCUUGAUGAGUAGGAAGCCCAGAUGAACAAGGGGAAAUGGAAGCUUUUGGCAGUAGAAUCUCAGGUUCUAGAAGCUUUGGUUGAUCUGAGUCUAUGUUGUCACUGCUUUUGGACUUGAGCAUAAUGGACUUGCUCGGCAACAAAUAAGGUUGUGUUCAAUAUUUGGACUAUAGGUAAAAAAAAAAAAAAUGAUAUUACUAUUUUUACAUUUAACAUCCAAUCAUUAUUUUUAUCAAGCAUUACUAUAUGAAAUGGUUUUGUCUGCAUGUAUUAUUGAACUAGCAGAUGCUAAAUGAUCAGUAAAUGGUUUUGGUGAAA